AUGGCGGAAAUCAAUGUGGCCCUACUAGUCAACCCAGCGGCCCCAGCCACGCCCAAGGGAAAGACCAUAGGAAGAAAGACUACACCCUCGCCAGAAGCCCUCUCAGCGUCCAAGAGCAUAAUCUUGGGUAUAUUUCCAUCUACCGACAAUGUGGUUCGCAUUCAAGAUUCUCCAGUCCUUGCACGUUACGGUCAAAUCUUCCCGUCAGGGCAGGCGUUAAUUGAACGGAGAUUCCCAAUAAACACAUCACACGCCCAUCCUGAUCCCCCGGUCUGGGAAGCACAGAUACCAGAAGCACCUCCGGUUAGACACCUCAUCUUGCCGUUCAAUCUGAAAGGCGACCGAGGAGCGUUUUUUAAUGAGGACAACCGCAAGGUCCUCCGGAAUCUUUUCCCUGGAACGAAAGGUCUAGUAUUCGGUGUCUAUUAUUUGAUUUUCUGGGUCGAUCACCUACCGCCACAGCCUUGGCCAAUCACCGUCGCGGGAAUCCGGCCCUACUUCACUAUCGAUCCCAAUGACGAUGGUCCUAUCCCUCCGGUCAAAAGGACCAGCAAGUCUCGGAUGAGAAUUGCGGACGACAUAAAUGCAAAAAAUCGCUCUGGGGCUCUUGUCGACGAGGCAUUUCAGUUGGUCAAGACGUUUUUCUCAGAGGCACACAUCUUCAUUACGGAGAUACAGUACUGGGGUAAUCUUUUUGUCAUUGUUCUCCUUGACGAGUCUGUCGAUCUAACUAAAAUUCCCCGUUGGAUUGCGAAAUGCCCAUGCUACUAUCUGUACGAGAGCGAAAUGGGAAGACCAGCGUUUGGAAAAUUCGCCGCCAAGAGGAACAGAGAUCCCUCCAUUGAUGUUGUGGAUAACAGCGAAUACGAUCUGUUACGUCCAGGGAUAAUGCUCAGUUCUGGAAGGGACGCUGAAACUCAAACAGAAUUUCUCACGUCGUCCGGUGUCCUCGUCAAGGAUGAGAUCGGACUUGAAUACAUGACCGUUGCUUCCCAUGGAUUCCCUCAUGGUGACAAAGUCUUCCAUCCGUCGGCCACGGGAAGGGAAGUUGGCCAGGUUAUCAUGGAAAUAACCCACACGGAUGUUGCGCUAGUGAGACUGCAUAGUCAGUUUUCUUUUGAGAAUGAGACCUUCGAGAGCACAAUCGAUGGCGCAGGUCCGGUCCAAUUGAGUGGCUUCAAGCCGUCUCGAGAUAUGGAGAUUGGUGACAAUAUCUAUAUGAACAAUCCUUUCUCUGGUUAUUCAGAAGGCAUAUGUGGUCCCGCCUCCGAAUGUUGCGUGCCCAGUGAUGACCCGAAUGUGCCGAGUCUAGACUGGGUUAGGACACGGUGGAUGUAUAUGGGCCAAGGGUACCAAGACAAACUAGAAGACGGCGUUUGCGGAUCGGCCAUUUGGGACGAUGACGGGUCCGUUAUAGGUUUCUUUCGUUAUGCUCCCUCAUCGGGCCACUUCACAGACUGGUGCGUCUCCAUCGCGUCGGAGAACUUCAUAUCCAAAGGCUUCACUGUUACCAGUUCAGUCCGCAGCAACACAGCAUGA